UUAGUCUUAUUAUGUGCAACUCUUUGAUUUGUGUUCUAUUAACUUCCUCUGUUUUCAGCUUACUCCUUUUCUCCUUUUAGUCCUAAACACAAUCGUUUUUCUUUCUUUUUCAGUUUCCUUUGUUUCCAAAAAAGAAAAAAAAUGGGUGGAAAUUCCCCUUGUGCCUCAUGCAAAUUGCUGAGACGCCGGUGCACAAAAGACUGCACCUUCGCUCCUUAUUUUCCUUCUGAUGACCCGCAGAAGUUUGCCAUAGUUCACAAGGUUUUUGGUGCUAGCAAUGUUAGCAAAAUGUUGCAGGAACUUCCAGUUCACCAGAGAGCAGAUGCAGUGAGUAGUCUAGUGUAUGAGGCAAAUGCAAGAGUGAGGGAUCCUGUGUAUGGUUGUGUUGGAGCCAUAUCCUACUUGCAAAAUCAAGUUUCUGAGCUCCAAAUGCAGCUUGCAGUUGCUCAAGCAGAGAUACUCUGCAUCCAGAUGGAACAUGAGCCAGUGAUGCCAGCCUCACAAAUUGAUCUAGACCACAAGUCUUAUUUUCUCCAAAAUGACCUCUCUCAGUUUCUUGCUUUUGACUCUUCUAGCAAUGUAAUGCAGCAAUUUUGCCCAUGACAUGGUUUCUUGAAUGAAAUUUGCUCACAUGCUUUGGGUUUGGUCUAUUCAUGUUUUGUCUUUUCUCAAUCUCUGAGACAUUUUAUAUCAUACAUCUAUAAAUUUUUUC